GAGCAACAACAAGCAGGAAGAGCAACAAUGAGCAAGAAGAGCAAUGUUUUUCGGUCAGCAGGUCGUACUGUUGCGUCAAUUCACUUGACUGACUGGUAAGAGGAAGUUUUCAAAAUAGGUGAUAGAUAACGUUGAAGAUGGCUUAUUUGGAACCCACUUUGGUCUCCAUUUCCGAACCCUCCGCGUCUGCAGCGCUUCUAGUACUCAUGGCGUCCUCUUCUAGUUGUCAUUUCGGCUGCUUGGAGAUCUUUAACCCCGUAUGCGCCUCCAAUGGCCAGACCUUCGGCAAUGCAUGCGAGUUCAACCGGACAAAAUGCGCGUCUGGAAAUGACACACUCGUGAUCGUGUCACAUGGAGCAUGUAGCAGUGGAAAUGGCAGUGGAAGUCGAAGUGAAGACGCUUGUCUGCAAGAAUUCGCGUGUCUGGACGUGUACACGCCCGUGUGCGGCUCCGACCAACAGACCUACAGCAACGAGUGCUUUUUGAGACGAGCGCAAUGUUUCAAUGGGUCAUUAACGUUGGUACAUGACGAAGAAUGCAACAGUUCUACGAUCAAUGCAGACGAAGACUUUGCGAGCUCUACGUCUGGCUCAGGAAUCUGCACCGAGAGCGUCUGCACGAAGGAAUUUCGUCCUCUCUGCGGCUCGGAUGGCGUCACGUACAGCAACGAGUGCCUCUUUCGGAACGCUCAGUGCGUCAAUACGUCCCUCACACUUGCGUUCGAAGGAGAAUGCAGCACCUCGGCGACAUCUUCAGCGUCCGGCGCUGAGCCAGGGCCCGUCGUGGGGUCAGACGCCUCUACCAGCUCCCAGUCAGCCUCAUCAGAGACCGAUAGUGCCGAUAUCUCGCGCAAGAGCUCUACGCUGAUCUCCAUCAUGGCUGUAUUACUAGCUGUACUCACGUUGUAGCUGCAUUACUAGUGCUUUAAGUAUCAAUUCCAGCUCCAUUCGACGCUAUGAAUGCUGUGGUGACCGUUCAAAGGCUAAAACUGCCACUUGC